UAUUUAUAAUUUGUUGUUUUUUGCUCUCGCUUUCAGCUCACAUGGGACAUAUUAUUUUGUUUGUAUCAAUAUUUACAAAAUUAUUAAAUGAUGGAAAAUGUAAAAAAGGAAUAUAAAUUGGAACCCGAUUCUGAAUUGCGUUUUGAAAUAGAGUCAAAAAGUAAAAAAAUAACUAUAGAGCUAAAGUCCGGCCUGGCAGAAUUAUUUGGAACUGAACUUGUAGUAAAUAAAAAAUACACAUUUUCCGGAACAAGUGUGGCUGUCAUUACAUGGCAAGGAUGCACUAUAGAAGUGGAAGGAGAUCCAGAUAUAAUUUAUACAUCAAAAGAAAGUCCCAUGACACUGUAUUUAAAUUGCCAUGCAGUUUUAGAACGUCUCCGUGAACUGUCUGAGAGGAAAAACGAAAAAGGUCCAAUUACCAUGAUUGCUGGUCCUUGUGAUGUAGGAAAAUCGACAUUGAGUAGAAUGCUCGUAAACUAUGCCAUCAGAAUGAAUAAAAGUCCAAUUUAUGUAAACCUCGAUGUAGGUCAAGCGGAGUUUGGUUUACCUGGUAGUGUAGGAGCUGUAAUACCAAAGAAUCCGGCGAGUGUCGAGGGAGGUUUCACUGAAGAAGCACCUCUACUUUUCCACUUUGGUUCCAGUUCACCACUGUGCAAUCAAACUUUUUAUAAAUUACUCACCUCAAGACUGGCUCAAGUUUGCAAUGAGCGUAUGAGGUUGAAUCGAAAUGAGAGGCACUCGGGAAUUAUUAUCAAUACUUGUGGUUGCACAAAAGGGGACGGCUACAGAAUUCUAAUUCAUGCUGCAUAUGCUUUUGAAGUUGACGCCAUUCUUGUCAUUGAUCAGCAGCAGCUUUACAAUGAUCUGCUUCGCGAUAUGCCAAAAUUUGUCAAGGUGUCUCUCUUACCGAAAAGUAGCGGGGUCAUCAAAAGAAAUGAGACUCAAAGAGCUGAGUCUAGGAACAGUUUAAUUCACAAUUAUUUCUACGGCAUUCCAAAGGCCCAGUUACAUCCCUUCAAAAUAGAAUUAAAAUUUGAAGAUAUUUCCAUUUACAGAGUAACUAUUUCUGCAGGGUUUUCAUCUAAUAUGACUGUUGCCAAAAAAUCUCCAGACACAACAUUAAUGCCUGUCAAACCAAUUCCAAAUAUGAAAAAUCGCUUACUUUCCGUUUCUUUGGCCAAAUUAAAUCAAGACGAUAUAGUUGAAUCAAAUAUUUCUGGGUUUUUACAUGUGCAAGACGUCAAUAUGCAUGAGAAGAUAAUGACAGUAUUAAGUCCGGAGCCGAAACUAACGAAAAAUUUAGUACUAUUGCUUUCAGAAGUUAGGUAUUGGAAUGACAAUGAAUGAAAUUAUAUACCUAUAAUAUUAUCAUUUUUCUAAAAGGAAUACUUUGAUCUAUAAAAGAAAUAACAAAUCAAAGCAUUUAAAAAAAUGCAAUCAAAUAUUACAA